AUGAAGUUCUCCUCAUACGUUGCGGCCGUGGCCAUUAUCGCCGGUGUCCAGGCUUCUCCGCACCCCGCACCUCAACAGCAACAGAUCCUGAAUGUGGUAUCUUCGCCCUCUCAGCCCAGCUACAGCCAAGCAGACUUGAACAAUGUAAUCAGCAAGUCACCUCUACUAUCACUGCACCGAGAUCUGGUCGAAAUCGAGUCAAUCUCCGGUAACGAGCACAAUGUCGGCCUCUUCGUCGCACAAUACCUGGAGGCCCGGAACUUCACCGUGGUAAAGCAGGAGGUACCCCCAGUGAAGGGCCAGAAACCUACCAAGCCCCGAUACAACAUCUACGCCUAUCCGAAAUCACACACACAACCUCCCUCCAUCCUCCUCACCAGCCACAUCGACACCGUCCCGCCCUUCAUCCCAUACUCCGUGCACCAGGCCCAAGCCGACGACUCCACCUCCAUUGACCGAGAGAACCUCAUCCUCGGUGGCCGCGGCUCCGUCGACGCUAAAGGCAGCGUGGCAGCGCAGAUCUUCGCAACCCUCGAAACGCUAGACGAGCAACCCGACGCCAAGCUCGGCCUCCUUUUCGUAGUCGGCGAGGAAAUCGGCGGCGACGGCAUGAAAGUCUUCUCCGGCUCAGCCCUCAACGACCAAAGCGCCUUCAACACCAUCAUCUUCGGCGAGCCCACCGAGGCAGCCCUCGUCGCUGGCCACAAGGGCAUGCUCGGCUUCAAGGUGCUCGCCCACGGCAGCGCCGCUCACUCGGGAUACCCAUGGCUCGGCAAGAGCGCAGUCUCAGCAAUCCUGCCUGCACUGUCGCGUCUCGAUGUGCUCGGUGAUAUCCCCGCCGAAGAAGGCGGUUUGCCCGCUUCCCCGAAAUACGGGCCGACGACGCUGAAUAUCGGUGUUAUUCGCGCCGGCGUCGCGACUAACGUCGUUCCCUCCGAGGCGUGGGCGGAUGUUGCUGUGCGAUUGGCGGCUGGUACGCCUGCUGAGGCGCGGGAGAUCAUUCAGCGUGCUGUUGAUGAGGUUGUUGGUGAUGCUGAUGCCGAGGUGGUUUUGGAUUUCAUUUCUCAUAAUGAGUCUUAUCCGCCCCAGGAUUUGGAUGUUGAUGUUGAUGGCUUUGAGGUUACCACUACCAACUAUGGCACUGAUGUGCCCAGUCUGGCUGUGAGAUCUGGUGUCAAGCGUUACCUGUAUGGACCUGGUAGUAUCUUUGUCGCUCAUGGCGAUAAUGAGGCCCUUAGCAUUCGCGAGAUCGAGGAGGCUGUGGUUGGAUUUUAA